GGUAAAGCCCAGCACUGGCGCCCAGCAGCCCCAGCUCGGUAGCGCCCGGAGCGCAGGACCCUUCGGAGGGGUAAGAGCGCCCCCGCUUCUCCUCUCCUCUGUUGCGGGUUCAUCCCAGCCACCUGUACUCAAGUCCCUGCCCCUCGCUCAUCCCGACCCGCCCGGGCUGGCACCCGGGAAGCCAUCACGAGGAGGGCCGUGGCCAGGCUCGGCCCCGCGCUGCCCCCAGGCGGCCAAGAAGAGAUGGCCCCGGGGAGCAGGGGGCGGGAAGUCGCUCUUACCACCCGUACGGAGGACUGGUCCCCGCCCGCAAACCCCGACAUGGAGGAGCUGCUCCGGAGCGUGGAGAGGGACCUGAACAUCGAUGCCCGUCAGCUGGCUCCAGCCCCAGGGGGCACACACGUGGUGGCCCUAGUGCCGGUGCGCUGGCUAGCCAGCCUCCGUGAACGCCGACUGGGGCCCUGUCCCCGAGCAGAGGGCCUGGGUGAAGCGGAAGUCAAGACUCUCCUGCAACGCUCUGUACAGAGGCUGCCCCCAGGCUGGACGCGUGUGGAGGUGCACGGGCUGCGGAAGCGGAGACUGUCCUACCCGCUGGGUGGGGGCCUGCCCUUUGAGGAGGGAUCCUGCGGCCCUGAGACCCUCACUCGCUUCAUGCAGGAGGUGGCUGCCCAGAAUUAUCGCAAUCUUUGGCGCCAUGCGUAUCACACCUACGGGAAGCCCUAUAGUCAUAGCCCUGCUCCCUCAGCUGCUCCUGCCCUGGACUCAGUAAGACAGGCUCUGCAGAGGGUCUAUGGUUGCUCUUUCCUGCCAGUGGGUGAAGCCACCCAGUGCAUCCCAUAUGCCAGAGAUGGCCCUUGUCUCCCCCGGGGCAACCCUGCCUGCGCCAGCCUUUUGCGAGCUGAGGCCCUGUUGGAAUCACUGGAGAUGUUAUAUGUUGUACACCCCUACGUGCAGUUCUCCUUGCAUGAUGUAGUCACUUUCAGCCCUGCCAAACUGACCAACAGCCAAGCCAAGGUGCUUUUCAUUCUCUUUCGUGUGCUGAGGGCCAUGGAUGCCUGUCAUCGCCAUGGACUGGCCUGUGGGUCCCUGUCUUUACACCACAUUGCUGUGGAUGAGAAACUUUGCAGUGAACUCCGGCUGGACCUGAGUGCUUAUGAGAUGCCCACUUUGGAUGAGAACAAGGAAACUGCUGUAGUGAGGGGUGGGACAGACCAUAAGUCUGAAAAGGAGGGACUGGAGAGAUCUGGAUGUCCCACCUGUCAGGAGGAACUUCGGGGCCUUGUGCUAGACUGGGUCCAUGGCCGAAUCAGCAACUUCCACUACCUUAUGCAGCUUAAUCGGUUGGCAGGUCGGAGGCAGGGGGAUCCCAACUACCACCCAGUGCUACCCUGGGUGGUGGACUUCACCACACCCCAUGGGCGCUUCCGAGACCUGCGCAAGUCAAAAUUUCGCCUCAACAAGGGAGAUAAGCAACUGGACUUCACGUAUGAGAUGACUCGGCAGGCAUUUGUAGCAGGCGGUGCAGGUGGUGGGGAACCGCCUCAUGUUCCUCACCACAUUUCAGAUGUGCUGUCUGAUAUCACGUACUAUGUGUACAAGGCUCGGCGCACACCCCGAUCUGUACUCUGUGAACAUGUCCGAGCACAGUGGGAGCCCCAUGAGUAUCCCGCCAGCAUGGAGCGGAUGCAGACCUGGACACCUGACGAAUGCAUCCCUGAGUUCUACACUGAUCCUUCCAUCUUUUGCUCCAUCCACCCUGACAUGCCUGACCUGGAUGUGCCAGCUUGGUGCAACUCCAGCCAGGAGUUUGUGGCUGCUCAUCGAGCACUGCUGGAGAGCCGUGAGGUAUCCCAGGACCUGCACCACUGGAUUGACCUCACCUUCGGCUAUAAACUCCAGGGCAAGGAGGCUGUGAAGGAGAAGAAUGUGUGUCUACACCUGGUGGAUGCCCACACUCAUCUGACCAGCUAUGGCGUGGUACAGCUCUUUGAUCAACCUCACCCCCAGCGCCUGGUGGGUGCUCCUUCCCUUGCCCCUGAGCCUCCUCUCAUUCCUCGACUAUUGGUCCAGACCAUCCAGGAGACCACAGGCCGGGAAGACUUCCCAGGACAGCUCACAAAUGGGGUGGGCAGGCUGGUUUUAGAGGCUACUCCUUGUGAGACCAGCUGGACUAAAGACAGGCCUAUGGCAGGGGAAGAUGACUUAGAGCAGGCCACAGAAGCCCUGGAUUCCAUCUCACUCCCUGGGAAAUCAGGUGACCAGUUGGGCUCUUCUUCCACUCAAGUCCCUCCUGCCCUCCUGUCUUUCUCAUCAGCCUCGGCCUCUCGACCAGGCCGCAGGAACAAAGCUGCUGGGGCAGACUUUGGGGAGCCUGAGGAGGGGAAGAUCCUUCUUCCUGAGGGGUUCAGUCCUUUGCAGUUUCUGGAGGAACUGGAAAAAAUGGGCAACUUCCUGGCCAAAGGUAUAGGGGGCCAGUUGGAGUUACCAGAGCAGCCUCAGGUUCAGUCACCUGUACAGCUGCGGGACCUCUUCCAUCGGGACAUGCAGGCAUUAGGUGUCCUGUUGGCUGAAAUGGUGUUUGCCACCAGGGUUCGGACUCUGCAGCCUGAUGCACCUCUCUGGGUACGUUUUGAGGCUGUUCGGGGCUUCUGCACUUGCCACCUCAAGGAGGUCCCUGUGUCUUUGCAGCCUGUUCUGAAUACACUCCUACAGUUGAGUGGACCCAAAGGUCCCAUGGCAGUGAGGAGGGGCAAGCUGGCCCCACUGUUUGAGUACAAGCCUGUUUCCCAGGGAUUGCCCCCACCCUCCCCAGCCCAGCUCCUCAGCCCUUUCAGUUCCCUGGUUCCUUUCCCUCCAUACUUCCCGGCGCUGCAUAGGUUCAUCCUCCUGUACCAGGCAAGGCGCGUGGAGGAUGAGGCCCAGGGACGGGAGCUGGUGUUUACUCUGUGGCAGCAACUGGGUGCAGUACUAAAUGAUAUCACUCCUGAGGGUCUGGAGAUCCUGCUGCCCUUUGUGCUAUCACUCAUGUCUGAGGAGCACACAGCUGUGUACACAGCCUGGUACCUAUUUGAACCUGUUGCCAAGGCACUGGGCCCCAAAAAUGCUAAUAAGUACCUCCUGAAGCCUCUCAUUGGUGCCUACGAGAGCCCCUGCCGGCUACAUGGCCGCUUUUACCUGUACACUGACUGCUUUGUGGCUCAACUGAUGGUGCGGCUGGGCUUGCAGGCCUUUCUCGUCCACCUGCUGCCCCAUGUCCUGCAGGUGCUGGCUGGUGGAGAGGCCUCCCAGGAGGAGAGCAAGGGCCUUGUUGGGGCUGCUGAGGAUGAAGAAAGUGAGCUCCCUGGGCCUGGGCCUGGCUCCUGUGCCUUUGGGGAGGAGAUUCAGAUGGACGGAGAGCCUGCUGCCACCUCAGGCCUGGAGCUCCCAGACUACACAUCUGGUGUCAGCUUCCAUGAGCAGGCUGACCUGCCUGAAACAGAAGACUUCCAAGCCGGGCUCUAUGUGGCUGAGUCUCCACAGCCCCAGGAGGCUGAGGCUGUGAGUCUAGGCCGGCUGAGCGACAAGAGCAGCACCAGUGAGACUUCCCUGGGCGAGGAGCGGGUUGCAGAUGAUGGGGUUGCUCCUGUGGACAAGAGCAGCCUCAGGUCAGGCGACAGCAGCCAGGACUUAAAGCAAAGUGAGGGCUCUGAAGAAGAGGAGGAGGAGGAAGAGGAGGAAGAGGAAUGCUGUGUGGUGUUGGAAGAGGAUGAGGGGGAGCCAGAUGAGGUCACUGGGGCAUCUGAGCUCACUCUGUCAGACACAGUGCUGUCCAUGGAGACAGUUGUGGCUGCUGGUGGUGGGGGAGAUGGUGAGGAAGAAGAGCCCCUGAUUUCGCAGUCAGAAGGCAAAGAACAGAAGAUCCUCCUUGAUACAGCAUGCAAGAUGGUCCGCUGGCUGUCUGCCAAGCUCGGCCCCACAGUAGCCUCUCGCCACGUGGCUCGGAACCUGCUGCGCCUGCUGACAUCUUGUUAUGUUGGGCCCACUCGGCAGCAGUUCACAGUCAGCAGUGGCGAGAGCCCCCCGUUGAGUGCCGGCAACAUCUACCAAAAGAGACCAGUACUGGGCGACAUUGUGUCAGGGCCUGUGCUCAGCUGUCUCCUCCACAUUGCCCACCUGUAUGGGGAACCUGUCCUCACCUACCAGUACCUGCCCUACAUCAGCUACCUGGUGGCCCCUGGUAGCAGCUCAAGCCCCAGCCGAUUGAACAGCCGUAAGGAGGCAGGGCUGCUGGCCGCAGUGACGCUGACUCAGAAAAUCAUCGUGUACCUUUCCGACACCACCCUCAUGGACAUCCUGCCCCGGAUCAGCCAUGAGGUUCUGCUGCCUGUGCUCGGCUUUCUCACUUCCCUCGUCACCGGGUUUCCAAGUGGGGCUCAGGCCCGGACUGUCCUGUGUGUGAAGACCAUCAGCCUCAUUGCCCUCAUCUGUCUGCGCAUUGGACAGGAGAUGGUCCAGCAGCACCUGAGCGAACCUGUGGCCACCUUUUUUCAAGUCUUCUCUCAGCUGCAUGAGCUUCGGCAGCAGGAUUUGCAGCUGGAUCCCGAGGACAGCAGUGAGGGCCAGCUGCCAGAGGCAGUGUUCUCUGACGGGCAGCGGCGGCCAGUGGACCCCACCCUGUUGGACGAGCUGAAGAAGGUGUUCACCCUGGAGAUGGCGUACACAAUCUACGUGCCCUUCUCCUGCCUGUUGGGUGACAUCAUCCAGAAAAUCAUUCCCAACCAUGAGCUGGUUGGGGAACUGGCGGGACUCUAUCUGGAAAGUAUCAGCCCAAGCAGUCGCAAUCCUGCCAAUGUGGAACCUGCUGUGCCUAGUACCGGCCCUGAGUGGGACCCCCAUGGUGGAGUCUGUCCCCAGGAUGAUGGUCACUCAGGGACCUUUGGGAGUGUCCUCAUUGGGAAUCGCAUACAGAUCCCCAAUGACUCUCAGCCUGAGAGCCCUGGCCCAUUGGGCCCCAUCUCUGGAGUGGGUGGGGGAGGCCUUGGCAAUGGGAGGGAAGACAACGCUCUGAAGCGGGAGCUGCCUCGGAGUGCCCACGGGCUGAGUGGGAACUGGCUGGCAUACUGGCAGUAUGAGAUUGGUGUGAACCAGCAGGAUGCCCACUUCCACUUCCACCAGAUCCGUCUACAGAGCUUCACCAGCCACUCAGGGGCUGUCAAGUGUGUGGCACCCCUGAGUAGCGAGGACUUCUUUCUGAGUGGCAGCAAGGAUCGUACUGUGCGCCUCUGGCCACUGUAUAACUAUGGGGAUGGUACCAGUGAGACAGCCCCCCGCCUCAUCUAUGCCCAGCAUCGCAAGAGUAUCUUCUAUGUGGGCCAGCUGGAGGCCCCGCAGUAUGUGGUGAGCUGUGACGGAGCUGUGCACGUCUGGGACCCCUUCACAGGGAAGACCCUUCGCACAGUGGAGCCAUCUGACAGCCGUGUGCCCCUGACUGCUGUGGCUGUCAUGCCCGCCCCCCACACCAGCAUCACCAUGGCCAGCUCUGACUCUACCUUGCGCUUUGUGGACUGUAGGAAACCUGGCCUGCAGCACGAGUUCCGCCUUGGUGGCGGGCUGAACCCUGGGCUUGUCCGCUCCCUAGCAGUCAGCCCCAGUGGCCGUAGUGUCGUGGCUGGCUUCUCCUCAGGCUUCAUGGUGCUCCUGGACACUCGCACAGGCCUGGUUCUACGAGGCUGGCCAGCUCAUGAGGGGGACAUUCUGCAGAUCAAGGCAGUGGAGGGCAGUGUCCUGGUCAGUUCCUCCUCUGACCACUCCUUGACCGUCUGGAAAGAACUGGAGCAGAAGCCCACACACCACUACAAGUCAGCAUCUGACCCCAUCCAUACCUUCGACCUCUACGGCAAUGAGGUGGUCACUGGCACUGUGGCCAACAAGAUUGGUGUCUGCUCCCUGCUUGAGCCACCCUCCCAGGCCACCACAAAACUCAGUUCUGAGAACUUCCGUGGCACGCUCACCAGCCUGGCCUUGCUGCCCACUAAACGCCAUCUCCUGCUGGGCUCAGACAAUGGCGUCAUUCGCCUCCUGGCAUAGGCUGAGGCAGGUGUGGGCCAGCAUCUCCCUAGAGCCUCGUUCUUCAACCUUGUUCUCCCAGCAGCUCCCUCUAGGCUGCCACCAGUCCCCUUGUCCUGGCAUCUAAGGCCUCCACCAGAAGGCCUACUGUUCAUGGCUUGGGAGAUGCUGCUCCUAGCCAACAGGAAGCAAGGAGAGCAGGGAGGGUAUCAUUUCUCCCCACCUCUGCCCUCUGGAUCCACAUGGGGACUAGGAAACUCCAAGAAAGGGAAGGAAGACUGGCCUUGCCAACUAGUCUGUAGGAAAGCCCUUGCCCCUUGCUGGGCUCUCUUUGUCCCUGUCCCUCCAGAACAGGAAGCUGCCCCAGUGCAGGGCACUGAUGGUGCUUGGAUUCCAGCUUAAGGAGGGAUGGCUGUGAUCCUGGAGUUAAAGGCCUUGAUCUUAAUUAUUCACCCAGCCUGCCCCAGAAAGAGGGCAGGAUUGGGGGAAAAAGGUGGGUUGAGUCAGCUGGUGCCUACCAGGAGUGUCACUAUGCCUUGUCUGCUCACCCCUAACCACAGUGUUUGUGCCUUGAGCUGAGGAGGUAGCCCCUGGGCCCAGAAUCCCUGGAGGUGUUUAAGACCCUGAGAGGGGUAAGAAGACUCAUCUCUGCAUCUCAGGUCUCUCCCAGGGGACAGAACCAGUCAUCUCUGGGUCCUUAUCUGGAGCAGACAUGAGGUCUGAGGCUUGGCCCCUGCUGCCUCCUUACUAUUUGCAAUAGAUGUAAAUAUCAUCAAUAAAUUCUUUGGAAGAGCCA